UUGUUGUUGUGCGCUAGUAAUUUUAAAAUUGUAAACAAAAGAUUGGAAAUUAACAAAUAGUGCACUAAAAACUGGGACAUUAACAAUAUGGCUACUUCGCCCGAUGUGCGAACUGCUGGGUUUCUUACUCCUUUGCGUUCCAAGGAAUUGCUAGAAAGGCAAAGGGGUAGUAAAACUGUCACCAAAAUGGAAUAUUUAACUCCCCAAAAGCCUAAAAGAAUUGAAAAUCCAGACGCGCGCGUACCGUCUAUUAUAAUUACCGAAGCGGGUUUGGAAAGACCAAAGGAAUUGCUGCUGCGUCUGGAGAGAUCCAUAGGGCGACCUGCCUCUGCCUCCAAAAUACCAUAUAAAAAUGCAUUUUUAACGACUCAAAAUAUGCAACGAACCUGGGAAGGACUCAAAACUACCGAAACUAGAUCCUCCAAAAUAGCCAUACCCGCUUCGGAACCAAGACCUUUAAGAUCCAAAGAACUGCUGCAGGAUCUUAAGUGCCAUUAUAAUCGAGGAACUUCUGCCACCAAGAUAACUGCCCAGAGCAAUCAGAAAAAUCUUAAUCGUUCAAAAACUCCGGAAAAGCGCUUAUUUCUUUACUUUACCAGCUCCCACUUUAUACCCGCCUCGGAACCUCAGCCAAUACGGCCAAAAGUGAUCCGCGAGCAAGAGCGCCAGGCAGUCAUAACCAAUCGUGCGGUGUCGGUGUCGAUUGACCGGCCAAAAACAAGGCCACCCACAAGCAGCUUCACUUCGAGCCGUCUGCUGGUGCCCUCGACUGGGUUCUCGUACCCCAAGGAUCCCAAGAGCCUGGCCACCACGUCCAGCAAAGCAACCAAGCUGACCAACUCAAAGCGCAAGCUGGAUUUCCAUACUGAGUUGGACAAGGAUUCGCUGCGGCCGAAGCUGGAGAGGUUUUCAAAGGAUUGGCACAAACAGACGGACUACCAGCUAAGUCAGUUCAUAUCGGAUUUUGUGAAGCAGCUGGUACGCUUUCUACCCUCGUGUGGCGUAAAAUUUAAGCAUCCUGACAGGGAUUGCUAUAUACAGCAGAUGAUGGAGGGACUGCAGCAGCUUCAGUAUUCGAAAAAGGUGAACGAAAGCUGGCUACGAAUGCCAAUCGGCCAACAGGCCAUGGGUCAUGUGCUGGAAAUGCUACUCUUCUUGUUGAAUGCCAUUGAAAACCGAAAAGAGCAGGAUAUUUGUGUGUCAGAAGAGCAGAACACCACAGAUGUUAGUUCAAUAAAAGAGGCUACGGAAAUAAAGACAGAACAACCUUUUGAAGUUAAUUAUAUAUCCAAAGAUAUAAUGAGGUUGCAACAAAAUAUGCAGAAUCUGUCGAACUGUCGAGUAGACCUGAAAUCGUUUAAACCCGCCUCCACCAAUGAUGUGGAUAAAUUAAAGGAUGAAAUUAUUAAACAUGACUACGCAAUUUUGCUGGAUGUUCAGGAGGAGCGUUUGCAUGAACUACAGCUGCAUCGUCUUCGUCUGCAGGAAUUUUCAGAGCUUGUAAGCCUCGCCAAGCUCAAAUUAAAUCGCUGUUAUACAGGAAACAAAGAAGGCAUCGAUGCUUUUAACAAGCAAAUACAAAAUUUGGAAGACUCCCCAAUGGUAUCAAAGAAAAGAAUGCAUUUAAAUAGAUUACAUUUAAAUUUGAAUUUCACAUUGGAUGAGAUUAACGAGCGUAAGGAGCAGUUGCAGCGCCUGUAUGAAGAGAAUUUCUUAAAUCUUCUGCAGUUAAACAUAUAGCCAGCCACCUUGGGCGAACUAUAAGCCACAUCUCUCAUUAAAUCUCAUAAGGUACGAGCUAAUUUAAGCAAAUAUUUACGUGUUACGUAAGUUGCACACUGAGCCCUGCGCUUAUGCUGCCGGCUUAGUAUUUCCUUCCUGAAUUUCACAGAUUUAUUUAAUUGAAUUUAUCAACUGGAAGCGUCGGCAAUGUCCUGGCUUGGAUUUAAGUUCGUGUAAUUGACAUUUGAAUGAGUCAUCGGCAGCUUGGCUACACUAACUCAAAGGAAAUAGCUGCAAAGUUAAGCUGCUUAACUUAUUAAUACAUAAUUAUUAACAGUUUUCGAGGAUGUAUUACAAGAUUUUUUUGUCUUGUAUCAUUUAUUGCUCGGAAGACUUAAUUAUAAGCUGUAACCUUAUAUGUUUCUGGAACAAUCACCAAACUGUACAGACAAUAUAAUUCUGCAAUAAUGAACAUAAGUUGAAAUGUAUAAAAAUAUUUUUAAUU